AUGGCUCCAUCAACACCCCAAUCGCAAGCCUCGAUGCUGGCCGCUAUAACGAACGAUCUGGAUAAGAUUGCGCCUAAAUUUGAGGUUCAGCCCGAGCAAAUAGAGAUAUUGAAGACACCAUCGGAAUUCUACGAAACACUCAAGGACAAAAUCUCCAAAGCCCAAUCCCGCAUCUACCUCAGCACCCUCUACAUUGGCAAAACCGAACACGAACUUAUCUCUACCAUCCGCACCUCUCUACAACGCAACCCUAACCUGCGCGUAUCUUUCCUCACUGACGCUCUCCGUGGAACCAGGGAAACCCCAAACGCAUCAUGUGCCUCUCUCCUCGCGCCCCUCAUCGCAGAAUUCGGCCCUAGGGUCGAAGUCCGCAUGUUCCACACCCCCAAUCUGACCGGUAUACGCAAGAAAGUUGUCCCCAAGCGCAUCAACGAAGGCUGGGGUCUCCAGCAUAUGAAGCUGUAUGGUGUUGAUGACGAGAUCAUCAUGAGCGGUGCGAACCUAUCAACGGAUUACUUUACCAACCGCCAGGAUCGGUACCACCUCUUCAAAGACGCGCGGCUUGCAGAGUACUUCUCUAAGAUACACGCCGGCGCGUGCGAUCUCUCGUUCUCGAUACAGCCCGCAGAUACCCAAGCCGGCUACACCAUGACCUGGCCUUCGUCCAAUCCCGCACCCUCCCCUAACUUCCCCUCCUCUUUCAAGAAGGCAGCAUCCACACACCUCAGCCACCUCCUCAUGCCCUCCAACUCUCCUGCACCUCUCCCAGGCGGCACAAAAACAACAAUCUACCCGGUCCUCUCUCUCGUCCCCUUGCUAGACACAUCAACCGAACUCCCCGCGCUCACCACUAUCCUCACCACCCUUUCCAAACCACCCUUCUACCCCUCAACCUGGACCUUUACCGCAGGCUACUUCAACAUGACGCCCUCCUUCCGGCGUCUCCUCCUCGCCACACGGCCCGCCAGCGGAACAGUACUCACGGCGCACCCCUUCGCGAAUGGCUUUUUCGGAAGCAAGGGCGUGAGCGGGAUGCUACCAGACGCUUACACCCAUCUUUCCAAAAUGUUCCUGCGGAAAGUAAAGUACGAGGGGUUGUCAGAGAGUGUGCAGUUGAAAGAGUGGCAGCGCGGGAAGGUGAACGAGGAGGGUGGGUGGACGUACCAUGCGAAGGGAUUGUGGGUUACGUUCCCUUCUUCUCCCGCCUCUCCCCCUGACGCAGGGGGUGAAAAGCCGGCGGAAGAGCCGAGCAUUACCGUUGUUGGCUCCAGUAACUACACGAAGAGAAGUUAUGAGCUGGAUCUCGAGGCGAAUGUCGUGAUUGCGACGAGUGACCCGGGGUUGAGGAGGAGAUUGGGUGAGGAGGUUAAGUGGUUGGGCGAGUACGCGAAGAAGGUUGAUGAGAGCGAGUUCGAGAAGCCGGAGAGGAAGGUUAGUGUUGGGGUGAGGCUGUCCAUGUGGCUUGUAAGGGUGCUGGGUGGGGCUUUGUAA